AAUCAUCCGUACUUUAUUCAUCACCUGUCACCACCCACCCGAGCUGUUCCGAGCCAUUGACUUCGCCCACUGACUUGUCAGUGCGGGAUACGGCUUUUGGAAGACGGCUUGAUAUGUACGCAACAAGUCUGCGCUACCUCGCGCGUACACGGGGCCGCAAUGGCGCCAGUCACAGCUCGUCGCGAACAUGGCGCCGAUUCCUCAGUUCACAUGGCACCUUAUUAACGGCGUACCCACAGCGACGAACACCCCGCCAACAUCACCCCGCGACGAUACCGACAAUACCAACGAUCCCAACCACGAGAUUAAUACUACCACUACAACCGGGUAUUCCGUUAGACUCCAGGCGUCAACCCACGCGACACUAUGCCGUCGACAGUAGCGAACACCCGCCGAAAUCCAUCGCCAUUCUGGGCGGUGGCCUGACCGGGCUCUCCACGGCCUGGCACCUGACACGCGUCUUGCCCAAGGCAAAGAUCACCAUCUACGAGGCGCAAACGCGGAUGGGAGGCUGGAUUGAAACCGACAAGGUCGAGGUGAAGACCCCCGACGGUGGGGUGGGCACCGUACACUUCGAGCGCGCUGCUCGCAUGAUCAAGCCGCAGACGGAGGAUAAGCGGGUUCCCAAGUGGGACGAUCUGCUAUUCUUUGAGAUGGUCACGGAGCUCAAUCUCACCGACCAGCUCAUGCACUUGAAGAAGGCGGAGGAGUCCGUCGCCGGCUACAUUUACUACCCGGACCGCCUUGUCGCGAUCCCUAAAGCGUCCAAAACCAUGUUACGGGACAUGUUUGGGAGUGUCAGUGGCUUGGUCAAAACUUUCACCAUGCUUGCCCAACCCUUGUUCCGAGAUUUGAUUCCCAGCUGCUUCCACAUCCUCCGCAACAAGGACAACCCUUACCAGAAGGACAUGUUUGAAGGGCGCAGCGAUAUGUCGAUAGGAGACUUCUUUUCCCACUCGUUCGGAAGGCCUGGUCUGGUGGACAAGGUCUUGUCAGGCAUGAUCCACGGCAUCACGGGCGGCGAUGUGUGGAAGCUGAGCAUGGGCAGUGGCUUCCUGGCGGACCACACCAUGCCUAACAACAUCCGGCGCAUCGGCUGUUCCCCAGUGCGGACCGCCGACUUCGAAAUGAUGGUGGCGCUGCUCAAGAACAAGGCCGUUUUUGAUUUAGCCUCGCAGCAUCUCGACACGAGCGCCCUCUGGUUCCGCGACGGCUUCAGCACUCUCCCCAAGGCCCUCGCCGCUGCGCUAGAAAAGAACCCCAUUGUCACAAUCAGGACGGGAACCCCCGUCCGUCUCGUCGACUAUAGAGAAGACGUAGACAAAGUCGCAAUUCACACUAAGAACACCACCUCCGAACCGGCCAUGUACGACAAGGUGGUCUCGACCAUCUUCGCCAAAACCCUCUCCGAAAUAACACAAAACCACCUUCCAUCCCUCGCGUCAUCUACCGCCGUCAACAUCAUGGUGGUCAACAUCUGGUAUCCCGUCCCGCAAGCCAACUUCCCCCACAAUGGAUUCGGCUACCUCCUCCCGCAAGCCCUUUCCUUUGACCAAAACCCCGAGUGCGUCCUCGGCGUCAUCUUCGACUCGGACCGCGAGUCGCCCCUCCCCACGGCGUCCAACCCUGACCCCGGCUACCGCGGCGCCGACACCGUCCCGGGGACCAAGCUCACCGUCAUGAUGGGGGGCCACUACUGGGACGGCUGGCCGUCCUCCGCCAUGGAAGACACGAAGCGCGCCGAGGAGGACGCGCUCGCCGCGGUCGCGCGCCACCUCAACCUGCCACCGGAGCUGACGGCGCAGGCGCACGCGUCGGCCAAGCUCCGCCGCGAGUGCAUCCCGCAGCACCUGGUGGGCCACCGCGGGCGCAUGCAGGCCGCCCACGCCGAGCUGGAGUGGGCCUUCAAGGGCCGCCUCGCCGUCGCGGGGCAGAGCUACCAGAGCCCGGGCGUGCUGCCCAUGCUGCGCGCGGGCCGCGACGUCGCCCGCCAGAUCGCCGGCCGCGAGGGCCGCGUCACCAAGGGGUGGUCCGUCGGCGACACCGGGCUCCAGCGCUUUGAGCAGCCCAACCUCCUGUCGCUGUACACGCCCAUGCCGCGCGGCAUGAUGCCGCUGCGCUCGGGGAGCGGGGCCUACAUGGAUGACAACGGGAAGCUGAGGUCGAGAGACGGGCUCUCGCUUGAAGACGUGGUCAAGGAGGCGAGAGAAUGGCAAGAACGGAAAGAACGGGGAGACAGGUGAAGCCGAGGUUGGCGGUGGGGUGCGUGCGUGUAUCUAUGUGGUAUGUAUGUAUCCCGUGUGCGUGUGUAUUCAAAGCGGCUUUUUGGGUGUAUGUGUUUUGAUAGAUGGACACGACGGGAUAAGUCCCAGUCCCCCUAGGUUGCUGUUUAGACAAAAAGAAUACGAGAGACCUCAGCAUCCUGAGUAAACUACAUCAGCUAUUACCCAUAUCCUAGACAAUACCGGGGGUUAUGCACAACUAGGUUUGGGAGAGACAAUUAUAUCCCGACAUCCCACCCUACUACCGAACGAUAGAAGCCAAGGCCACAUCAAACGGACGCAACUCCAAAAACAUAGAAUAGCAC